UCGCCGAGGCGCGGGUAGCGUGGGAGCAAGCGGCAGGAUGUGUGACAGGAAUGGCGGGAGGCGGCUCCGGCAGUGGUUGAUAGAGCAGAUUGACAGCGGUAUGUACCCGGGGCUGAUCUGGGAGAACGAUGAGAAGACCAUGUUCCGUAUCCCUUGGAAGCACGCCGGCAAGCAGGAUUACAAUCAGGAAGUGGAUGCUUCCAUCUUCAAGGCCUGGGCAGUUUUUAAAGGGAAGUUUAAAGAGGGGGACAAAGCUGAGCCAGCCACGUGGAAGACGAGAUUACGCUGUGCUUUGAACAAGAGCCCAGAUUUUGAGGAAGUGACCGAUCGAUCCCAGCUGGACAUUUCCGAGCCAUACAAAGUUUACCGAAUCGUCCCUGAGGAAGAGCAAAAAUGCAAGCUGGGCGUGGCACCUGCAGGCUGCAUGAGCGAUGUUGCGGAGAUGGAGUGUGGCCGCUCAGAGAUGGAUGAGCUGAUCAAAGAGCCUUCUGUGGAUGAGUACAUGGGCAUGACCAAAAGGAGCCCAUCCCCUCCAGAGGCCUGCAGGAGCCAGCUCCUCCCUGACUGGUGGGUGCAGCAGCCCAGUGCAGGCCUGCCACUGGUGACGGGGUAUGCUGCCUAUGACGCACAUCAUCCAGCCUUCUCCCAGAUGAUGAUCAGCUUUUAUUAUGGGGGCAAGCUGGUGGGCCAGGCCACCACCACCUGCCCUGAAGGCUGCCGCCUAUCCCUGGGCCAGCCGGGGAUGCCCAAGCUGUUUGGGCCAGAUGGCCUGGAGCCUGUGUGCUUCCCGACGGCCGACACCAUCCCCAGCGAGCGGCAGAGGCAGGUGACCCGGAAGCUGUUCGGGCACCUGGAGCGCGGCGUGCUCCUGCACAGCAACCGCAAGGGCGUGUUCGUGAAGCGGCUGUGCCAGGGCCGCGUGUUCUGCAGUGGCAACGCCGUGGUGUGCAAGGGCAGGCCCAACAAGCUGGAGCGGGACGAGGUGGUGCAGGUCUUUGACACCAACCAGUUCCUCCGAGAGCUGCAGCAGUUCUACGGCACCCAGGGCCGCCUUCCUGAUAGCAGGGUGGUGCUGUGCUUUGGGGAGGAGUUUCCGGACACCGUGCCCCUGCGCUCCAAACUCAUCCUAGUGCAGGUGGAGCAGCUGUAUGCCAGGCAGCUGGUGGAGGAAGCAGGCAAGAGCUGUGGUCCCGGUUCCCUGAUGCCAGUCCUGGAGGAGCCCCAGCCAGACCAGGCCUUCCGGAUGUUUCCAGAUAUCUGUACCUCACACCAGAGACCCUUUUUCAGAGAAAAUCAACAGAUCACUGUCUAAGCCUCUCUCUGGGCACCCCACCUCGCCUGUGAUUCUGUGACUGAGAGAAUUCUGCAACGGUGGGGACCCCCCUGACUAGGGCAGGCGGGUGUCCUCCACAGGGUCUCAGGAAGUCUAGAGAUGGACAGGCUCCUGCUCAGGCAGGUAUUGGAAGCCUGCAGGGCCUGUGAUUACAUUUGUUUCCUGCGUUCACCCCUUUACCACUAAUGGCUCUUCUUUCUGCAUGUCGAGGUGAUUGUCACUUUGACAGUUUAAAUGGGUCUGUGGCUAUAGACCCACCUUUGUCCUCUGGAGCAGAGAUUUAUGACUUCCUCUGUUUGUGUGCCAAGAGUCUUUUCACUCUUCAGCCUUCUUUCUUUUCUUUUUUUUUUUUUUUUACUUCUGUAACGACGCCAUCCCAGGUAACCUCUGGUUUUCAUUUUUUAGACAAUAUUUGUAUUUUCACAUGCCAUACUGUAAAUCACUUUAGACCUUUCCUGUAAACUAGGCAGGCACUCAUGUAAACAGGAGUGUGGACACUGCUUGUGGGUUUCACAUGAACUUUGGUUCUGGCUAAUCGAUUCACGUGGCUCCAUGUCAGCUAGCAGAGUUGGUGUGGGGCACAGUAGGACCAGGAACUGUGGAGAGGACCUGUUCAUGGAUAGCUUUCGUAGUCCCGCUCCACAUCCAGUCCUAAGACCGAAUGAAAAGCAACGUCUGAAUUACACCAUGGGGUUAGCAGUGUCCACCCGUGUGCUAGUGAAAGGUUCGUAUCCUACACAGCACAGCAGAGGGUUCACCUGUAGCAUGCUGAGCAGAAGCAGGGCAGGGAGCCGAGGGGUUGCUUGGGGGCUGAGGGCCAUUUGUGCCCCCAGUGUGGCUGUCCAAUCUAGUAUCUAAGUAAUUUAAAUCAGUGGCUGCAGGGCCACCUCCAGAGCCUCUCCCUGUGGGAGUGAGCCACUGCCAAGGACUUCGUUUGGCUGUCUGUUCACAACAGGUACAGAGGCCAGGCAGAUGCAGGCGUAGAGAGCCUCGUCUACCUUCUCGUGUUCUCUGGGGACAGGAAAGACCUUCUCUGUUUGCAACCAUCCUGGAUCCCUCCCAGUGGGCUCAGCAUUCUGUGGUGAAGGGCAGGAAAAGUCUUACCUGUUGACUGGUGUUCUGAGAAGGGGGGAAAAUGUGAGGGGUUGGAAGACAGUACCAGCCAGCUAGGAGCUGGACAGGCCGCACCUUAUAGCUUAAAAGCCAAGGAACACUGUGAACUUCAUGGCUGUUGUGUGAAGGGGAUGAAGGUGGGCUGGCUCAACAGACGCAGUCACCGAGUGUGUGGUACAUGCAGCCAGAACCCCCAGGGAUUGCUUCUCCCCCUCAGCCAAAGCCAGGACAGCCCGUCUGCUGGCCGCUUGUCACCACCUGGUGCCUCAGUGAGUGCUGAUACGCAAAUCUGUAACCGGAAUAUUUAUUUUUGUAAUGAUCUCAUCCUUUAUUAAAAUAAGUCACUCUUUCGUAAAAGUAA